AUGGUCAGGCCGCCAAGACAUGGAUUGGGUGGUAAGAGUCGGAGCAAGUCCAAGAGGACUAAGGAUGGAGCUGGAGCAUCUGGCCAAGGUGGCGCGGAUGGAGCCAAUCCAAGUGUGGUGCUGCCUAACCCAAGCAUUGGUGUGGACAGUGCAACUGGAUUGCCUCGAGCUCGGAUCAUUCCGACUGAGAUUCAAGGGAGCCUAGCUGAACAGCAGCAGAAGGUAGCUGAGGAAACUAGGCAGCAGCUGGAACAAGCUGAGCUAACAAGGCAGCUGCAAAAGCAAGCUGAGGAAGCUGCAAGGCAGUUGCAGAAUGACAUGGAGGUUGAGGGAGAGUCCUCACAUGCUGGUGAUCAGGGCGGCCGUGGCAUUGGUACAGGCAAUGUUGGGGCCAACCAAGGAAAUCAGCUGGUGGAACCUUCCAUGAAGGAGGUGCUUGAUGCAAUCAGGCUCAUGGGUAGUCAGAUGUUGGCUAUGGCCCAAGUGAUCACUCCAUUGGUGAAUUCAUCAGUGGGGCAAGCUCCACAAGUUCAGGUGAUGGUACCAGAAGCUGCUGGACGAGUUGCACCGGUUGAUGAGGUGAUUGAACUCGAUCCACCAGCUAGAAGAGCUGGUAAGGUGGAUUACCUGAAGGUUCUGGAGCACAUAUCUCGCCUAGGGACAAAGCACUUUGCUGGAAGUACUGAUCCUAUGGAGGCGGAUGAAUGGAGGGACAGACUAGCCCGAAACUUCAAAUCUACAAGGUGCCCUGAGGAGUACCAGAGAGACAUAGCAGUGCACUUCCUGGAGGGAGAUGCACACAACUGGUGGCUGUCUGUGGACAAGCGCACCAAUGGUUCUAUUGAGAAGUUCUCAGACUUUGAGGUUGAGUUCAACCAUAAGUACUUCCCAGCUGAAGCAUGGGAUCGUUUGGAGGCCAAGAAGUAUGUGGGUAAGGAAUUGGAGGAUGAGAAGGUGCAGGUCCGCAGGUUCAUAAGAGGCCUUAGGGUCGAACUCCGGACCUACUGCUCAGUCUGUACCUUCCGUACUGUCUCUGAGUUGGUGGAGCGCAUGGCAAUGCUGGAAACUAACCUUGCUGAAGAGGCCAGGCUCAAGACUAGGAGUCAGGCAAGUGGUACUUGUCAUGCUGGUGACCGGAAGAGGAAAAGAGAUUCAGGUGAUGAGGGCAAGUCCUCAUGUGGAAGGCCGGAGUGCCAAAAGUGUGGAAGGCGCCAUGGUGGUGAGUGCUGGAGAGCUAUGGGAGCUUGCACAAGGUGUGGCAAGAUGGACCACUCAGUUCGGGACUGUCCUGGACCGGAUCAGAGUCGUGGUCAAGCGGCUGGUGGUGACUCUAGUACUUGUUUCCAGUGUGGGAAGGCCGGACACUUCCGAAAGGACUGUCCUAAGCUUCAGGCUGGAUCAGGUAGGAUGAAGUCUGAGGUUAGCAAGCCGGAACCAAGCCGUGGCCAGACAUCUGCACCAAGGGUCUAUGAGUUGUCUAAGGACACUGAUGAGGCCAAGCCUUUCAUGCCUGUGGAUCUUGUUGUGGUCCAACUCAAGAAUCAUGAGGUGAUCUUGGGUAUGGACUGGCUUGGAAAGAAUCGGGCCACCUUAGACUGUCACCGGGGGAGGGUGCUGUUUGAGAGUGGGUGUGGACCCCCGAUCAGGUUCCAAGGUAUUCGUCCAACCUCUGGAUGCUUAGUGGUAUCAGCAGUCCAAGCGGAAAGGAUGCUUGAGCGGGGUUGUGAGGCUUAUAUUGCCACAAUCACCACUAAGGAGGUUGUUGGGGGUGGUAACCCGGACGGGAUUCCGCUGGUCAGUGAGUUUGAGGAUGUGUUUAGGUCUCCACAGAGCAUUUCCCCUGAUAGGUCAGACCCAUUCAUAAUAGAACUGGAACCAGGGACGGCCCCAAUGUCAAAAAGUCCCUACCGCAUGGCUCCUGCUGAGAUGGCCGAGCUAAAGAAACAACUAGAGGAGUUGUUGGAUAAGGGUUUCAUACGCCCUAGUGUGUCGCCUUGGGGAGCACCAGUCCUCUUUGUGAAGAAGAAGGAUGGUAGCUUUAGGCUGUGUAUUGACUAUCGAGGGCUGAAUAGGGUUACUAUCAAGAAUAAGUACCCAUUGCCUCGGAUAGAUGAGCUGUUGGAUCAGCUUAAGGGAGCAAGGUGGUUCUCUAAGAUUGACUUGGCUUCAGGGUAUCAUCAGAUCCCAAUUGAACCAAGUGAUAUAAAGAAGACUGCAUUCAGAACCAGGUAUGGCCACUAUGAGUUUGUGGUUAUGCCAUUUGGUCUGACCAAUGCACCAGCAGCAUUCAUGAAGAUGAUGAAUGGUACCUUCCGAGACUUCUUGGAUGAAUUUGUAAUCAUCUUCAUAGAUGACAUACUUGUAUAUUCCAAGAGCAAGGAGGAUCAUGAAAGGCAUCUUCGGGCUGUGCUGGGGAGGUUGAGAGAGCAGCAGCUCUUUGCUAAGUUAAGCAAGUGUAGCUUCUGGCAAAAGAGCAUUGGCUUCCUUGGACACAUUGUGUCAAGUGAAGGUGUGUCUGUUGAUCCAGAGAAGGUAGUGGCCAUAAAGGCAUGGCCUCAGCCUAAGAAUGCCACAGAAGUCAGGAGCUUCUUAGGGCUGGCCGACUACUACAGGAAGUUUGUGAAAGGCUUUGCUAGUUUGGCACAGCCUAUGACUCAGCUGACAGGAAAGGAUGUCAAGUUUGUAUGGUCAGAGGAGUGUGAGAAAAGUUUCUCUGCGCUUAAGGACAUGCUCACUAGUGCACCAGUCCUUGUCCUACCUGAGGAGGACCAACCAUGUGUGGUGUACACAGACGCCUCCAUUACUGGAUUAGGCUGUGUACUGACCCAACAUGGGAAGGUCAUUGCGUAUGCCUCAAGGCAACUAAGGAAGCAUGAGGGUAAUUACCCAACACAUGAUCUGGAGAUGGCAGCUGUGGUGUUUGCCCUGAAGAUUUGGAGAUCAUAUCUAUAUGGUGCCAAGGUGCAGAUACUUACAGACCACAAGAGUCUGAAGUAUAUCUUCACUCAGCCUGAGUUGAACUUAAGGCAAAGAAGGUGGAUGGAGUUUGUGGCAGAUUAUGAUCUGGACAUAACUUACUAUCCAGGGAAGGCCAACUUAGUGGCUGAUGCUUUGAGCCGGAGAAGGGCUGAGGUAUCAGCUGAGAAGGAGGCUGAUAUAUUGGAAGGGAUGGUCCGGUCACUCAACCUUAACACACUGGCUAGUGCUGAUGAGCCAUUGGGGUUGGAGGCAGUGGAUCAGGCUGAUCUCCUUACCAGGAUUUGUGCAGCUCAGAAGCUGGAUGAGAACCUUCAAAAGAUGUACAGAGAUUUGAAGAGGUAUUACCAUUGGGUGCGCAUGAAGACUGAUGUGGCCGAGUGGGUGGCAAAGUGUCCCAUUUGCCAAUUGGUCAAGGCAGAGCACCAAGUACCCAGUGGACUACUCCAAAGCUUACCCAUUCCAGAAUGGAAGUGGGAUCACAUCACCAUGGAUUUUGUGACUGGUUUCCCUACGACCAGAAACAAGAAGGAUGCUGUUUGGGUGGUGGUCGAUAGGCUAACCAAGUCGGCUCAUUUCUUGGCAAUCAAGAAGGGGGAUGGUGUGGAUGAGAUUGUGCAGAUUUACAUCAAUGAAAUAGUAAGGUUUCAUGGUGUACCUGCAAGUAUUAUGAAGGAAGCUCAGGAUAGACAAAAGAGCUAUGCAGACAAGAGGAGGAAGCAUCUUGAGUUUGAGGUUGGUGACCUAGUGUAUCUCAAGAUGAUUACCUUCAGAGGCAGGACCAGGGUUUCUGGAAGAAGGAAACUGGAUCCUAGAUACUUGGGUCCAUUCAGGAUCACAGAUAGGGUGGGCGCAGUGGCAUACAAGUUGGAUUUGCCAUCAGCAAUGGAUGCAUAUCACAAUGUGUUCCAUGUGUCCCAACUAAGGAAGUGCCUAUCCGAACAUGAUGUGGUGUUGCCUGAGAUUCCCAAAGAUCUUGGUAAGAACCUAACCUUAGAGACAAGGCCGGUUCGAAUCAUAGAUAGGGCGGAGAAGGCAACAAGGAAGAAGACAGUACCUAUGAUCAAGGUAGUGUGGGAGAGCAAUGGCAAGGACAUUAUCACUUGGGAAACUGAGGCAAGGAUGAAGGUUGAGUACCCUGAGUGGUAUGAUCAGUAUGUUAGUGAAGAUGCACUUGGUCUGGAUUCGAGGACGAAUCCCUAUCAAGUGGGGGAGACUUGUCAUGUCCCCGAUCCUAGAUAGGAUCGGCCACAUGGACCAUGGUGCGAGGAGAUGCACCAAAUCAGGUCUAAUGACCUAAGACAAGGCGUAUCAUGGUCCCUGGAGUGGGUUAAGUGUAUCAGAAGGCUGAAACUUAACUAAGGCAAGGAAGGUUCAAGCUUAAGGAAGCUGGACAAGGGUUUAGACAGCUGGCCGGAGUGUGAAACAAGCUCGGGCAGCUAGGAAGAAGUGUGAGGGAGCUCACAGUAGCUCACAAGAGUUCUGGUCAGCUCCAGUAGCUGGAGUGCUAGCUCACUCAGCUGGUGACAGUAGUGGUCAGCUCAUCUCAGCUUGGAGGAGUGUUAGGAGUUGAGAUGGUGUGACCGGACCAUGAGCGGUUAUGGUCCGGUGGGAUGGUGGUGCGGUCCGGUGAGACCAAGUGAGCUGGUGGUGCAACUAGACACUUGGUCAAGUGCUAGCUGAUGCUGAUCGAUGAA